UAUUUAUUUAUCUAUAUAAUUUAUUCAUACUAAGCCAAAUGAGUAAAUGAUGUAAUUUCAUUGAAAAGCCCAUGUUUCUACUUGGCGUAAAGAUGGAUUUAUAAAUUAGCUCUUCUUCUUUUUUUGCUAUAAUCAUUAAUUAAGACGCUUUAUUUUAUUUUCUCUAAUCAUUUUCCCUCUAUUCUUUCAAUUUUAAUGUGGAGGGAAUUGUACCACAGGAAGAAAUCUUUAAAAGGCAAACGGGUUCAGAAAAAUAAGGAGGGCUACCGGAAAAUACUCUCUAAUAUUUCUGAACUUUCUGCAGAGGAAAAAGGAGAGUCAAGUAUGCAAGGUCAUAGUGGUGCAAGUAGCAGUUCAUUUUCCUUAAGCAGCAGAAGGAAUAAAUAUAGCAUUCAAAGCCCUCCUCCUUCACCAACUCCAGCUUUCAAAUUUAGAAACAAAAUGAACCAAACUGCUAAAACUGAGGCACAUCCUAAUGCUCUCAAAAACAUCAAGAAUUAUCCCAUUUUGUUAGCUUCCAUUACUGAGGCUGCUAAGCAUUAUGAAGACAACAGAUUAAGCCUCAAUCGUAGGGCUAUCUCCACCAUUGAUUUCAGAAAUCAUCAUGAUCUUGAUGAUAACAUCUCUAAGCUAUUCAGCUUAGACCAUAAUUAAUUAAAAAAAGUUGUUUUAUUAAGUACUGUUUAAUCGUGUAUUUGGUUUAGACGUGUUAUAAUUGUCUAUGUUCAGUUUGGUGCACGAAUC